AUGACGAGCAUGGAUAUUGGUUGGGAACAUGGUAAACCCGUGGGAGGGAAUAGAAAAAUUGUGAGAUGCAAUUAUUAUGGAAAAAUAAUGCAUGGUGGCAUUACAAGGUUGAAAGAACAUGUCGGUCAUGUCAUAGGACAAGUUGAACCUUGUCCAAGGGCCUCAAGUGAAGUUAGAGAUUUAAUGAAAAUGCAUCUAAAGGUUGCUGACAAUCCUUAUUAUCAAUCGAUGAUUGAUGAAAUUGCCAAAGCUGGUUCUGGUAUUAAAGGCUCUUCAGCUUAUCAAAUUGGAAAUAAAUAUUUAGAUGAAGAAUUUGAAGAGCUUGAGAAAUAUCUUGGAGAUAUUUAUGAUAAAUUUUCAACUUUUGGUUGUACACUUAUGUGUGAUGGGUGGAGCACUCAUACAAAACAUCCAAUAAUAAAUUUUAUGGUAUACUGUGAUAGGCACAUGAUAUACCAUAGUUCAGUUGAUUGUACCAAUAUCAAGAAAACUGCUGAAUAUAUUUUCAAGUUAAUGGAUGAGGUAGUAGAGGUUGUGGGAGAAAAAAAUGUUGUGCAAGUUGUGACAGAUAGUGAACCUAGUAUGAAAGCAGCUGGACAACUGUUGAUGAAAAAAAGGAAAAAUCUUUUCUGGUCACCUUGCGCUGCGCAUUGUAUAGAUUUGAUGUUGGAGGAUAUUGGCAAAAUGGAUAAUGUAAAAGAAACUAUUGCUCAGGGGAAGAAGAUAACAAGUUUCAUAUAUAACAGUGACAAAGUAGUGAAUCUGAUGAAGACAUAUACAAAAAAAAGGGAACUGCUACGUCCAGGUAUCACUAGAUUUGCAACUGAAUUCAUUUCUAUGGAAAGUCUUCUUCGGAAUUGUACAGAACUGAAAAGAAUGUGCACCUCAGAUGAAUGGGCAGAGUUUAAUAACAUUACCAAGAGAAAAACAGAAGCUAUUAAAGUAGCUGAGUUGAUAUUGUCAGAGAAGUUUUGGAAAAAAGUUAGAAAUGUGUGUGCAAUAAUGGAGCCUCUGGUCAAAGUUUUAAAAACUAUUGAUCAAGAUAAUAAGCCAACAUUGCCAAUUAUUUAUGAGGCAAUGGAUAGAGCAAAAAUGGCUAUUCAAAAGUCGGUGAAAUCUUGGAAAACAAUUUGGGAAGUGAUUGAUAAUAGAUGGUACAAUCAACUUCAUCGGGAUUUACAUGCGGCAGCAUAUUUUUUGAACCCGAUCCUUCAAUAUUCUGGAACUUGUGAGUUUAAUCUGGAUGAAGUUCGAAGAGGGUUAAAGAACGUCAUUGCAAAGUUGGAGCCAAAUUUAGAUGCACAAGUUGAUUCAAUAAAUGAGAUCAAAAUUUUUGCAGACAAAAAGGGAGGCUUUGGAAGUGCUAUUGUAGCAAGAGCAUUACCAAAAUCUUUACCCGAAAGUAGUGAAUAUCAAGAACAUGACAACGAUGGUUUUGGUGAUACAUUGUCCCAAUAUAUUACCAAAAGAAAUAAGAAAGGUCUUGCUGCAUCCUCAAGUAGGAAACAAAAAAGUAAGACUAAACAAACCAGUAAGCAGACUGUUCCGUCAUCUUCAAAUAAAAGUGACAGCAGUAAUGAUGAUGAUGACAAUGGUGACAAUGGAGAUGGAGGGAACAAUUCUUUCAGGCAUAGUGGUUACAAUCAAGAUAGCCAACAAGCAGGAGGUAUGUCAUGGGCUCAAGGACAAGAUAAUUAUUAUGCCACUCAAGAUACUGAUCAUGGCUAUCGUCCUGGUAUAGAAGCACAACGUCAAUUCCUCAAUGAUUUAACUCAAUUUUCAAGUGAUGAUACUUUCUCUCACCAUUCAGGGUCACAAAGAUAUAGAGGAGUCAAUGAUCAAAUGCAAAAUUUGGCUAUAUACCCAACUUAUGAGCAUGAAUCUAGUCAAAACCGUAGUACUAGUCAAUUGGGAUAUGGCUAUGACCAAUCAUAUGGAAUCACUCCUGACUAUUACAGUGGAUAUCGACCAUUUGACAGACCUAGACAGGUUGAAAGGUCUACUAGCAUUCAUGGUAGUGGAUACUAUGAAAAAGAAAUAGAUAAGUCUCAUGAUGGUUCUUCUUUUGAUUCCAAUAACAUUGGAUUUUAUGGUCAUGAUUCUACUGCAUCAUAUGGUACCAGCGAUAGUGUUAACUAUCGAGGGUUUGGAUACUAG